AUGUUGCGUUCUCAUUUUGAGUUCGCUUAUGUUCUUAACUUUAUCUUCAUAUCUUUCGUAUCAUCAGCAUCAUUUGGUGAUUUCUGUUCGAAUGAUUUAUCUUGUCAUUAUCCUUUAAUUUGUUCGAAUUCAAGUAAAUGUAUCUGUUCACAUGGAUGGAUUGAAUGGCAAAAUAAGACAUGUUUACUAUUUAUGCAACCACCAGAAGGUGGUAUCAUAUAUGAGAAAGCAAAAAAUGCUUGUUUGACAUAUUCAGGACAAAUACUACAAAUUGAUUAUUAUCAAGAUUAUAUGGAAUUUCAAUAUAAAAUAAACGAUUUAUUAAAAGGUGAACAUGCUAAUGAACUAAAUGAUUUUUUGAGUAAUGGUGUGUGGAUUAAUUUUACUGAUUAUACUGAUUGGAUGAAUUCAUAUGCAUGGUGUAAUAUAGAAUAUGAAAAUGAUACAUUGUCAUGGAAUGAUUGUAUUCGUAUGACGAAACAAUUUUCAAAUGAUAAAAGUAAUACAUCACUUUGUCUAAGUCAUGUACAAUGUAAUGAUAAAUUAUCAUAUAUCUGCGAGAAAUUAGCAAAUAUUCAAACUGAUGUUAAUGAUGCUAACAGAAUCUUUGGUUUACUAGGUGGUCUUGUUGGAAACCUCUUUGGUUCGAAGCCACAACCUCAACCACAACCACAACCACUGCCACCGGAGCCAAUAAUUAUCUGUAAAAAUAUAAUAAAUAAUUAUUUUAGAAAAGAAUUUUUUUUUAUUUUAGAUCAUACAAAUCCACCAAAGAUAGAAAUGGAACAACUAUUGCCACAAACAUCAAAAUCAAGUAACACAAUACUCUAUGUUGGCAUCGCUGUUGGUGUUGUUGUCAUUUUAAUUAUAAUACUCUGUUGUUGUUUUUGUGGUGGUUUUCUUCUUUUGAAAAGUGAUAAUAGUUCAACAGCACCACCACGACCGUCACGUUUUCGUCGACGACGUGAUAGAACUAUCGAAUAUAUCUUCUUAUCGAAAUUAGUUUUAUCAUCAUUUAAUGAAUCAUGUUCUAAUAAUUUUUCUUGUACUAAUCCAUUGAUAUGUUCAAAUACAAAUAAAUGUAUAUGUCCGAAAUUAUCAUCAUUUUGGAAUAAUGAACAAAAUGAUUGUCUUUCUUGUCUGUCGGGUUGGAUUCAAUGGAAAACUAAUCGUUGUCUUUCAUUUGCUGUACCAUCUGAAGGUGGCCUUUCAUAUAAUCAAGCAAAUCAUAUUUGUCAUACAUUUUCUGCACAAAUUUUUCAUCUAUACAAUAUAGAUGAAUUUAAACAAUUUGAAUUAAAAGUAAAUACAUUACUUCAUAGUACAUUUUCAAGUGCUGUAACAAUAUUUUUUCGUCUUGGUGCAUGGAUAAAUAAAUUAAAUAGCAAAGAAUUAGAAGAUGUUUUGUGUGAUGAAAAUGAAAAUAAUUCUAAUUUUGAAUGUGUAUUCAUAAAAAGAAAUAAUUUAAAAAAUGGUACAUUAUGUUUAAGUCGAUUAGAAUGUAAUGAAAAUAUACUAUUUAUAUGUGAUAUGGCAGCUAUGCCGGCAAAUUAUACAAUUGAUAAUGAAACUUCUGUAUUUUCAAAUCGAGCAAUAGGAGCAGUUAUUGGAGCUGUUGCACCAUUUGCUGUUGAUUUACUUGGUAAUUUACUUAAUGGAAAUAAACAACCAUCACAAGAGCUACAACCAGUUCAACCAUUAUCUCCUCAACAAAUUAUCAUUCAGCAAGAAUCUUUACCAUCACCACAAGUUACUUCGCAAGAAAAGCCCUCAUCGGAUAAUACAUUGCUCUAUGUUUUAUUGGGUAUUGGUGGUUUUGUACUUCUUCUGGUUAUGUGUGGUAUUAUUAUCGCAAUACUUUUCUUUACAGGAUGUAUGAAAAAUUUAUCAUCUACUCAACAAACUAACUAUCGAUCAAGUAUUGAAAGUAGUUAUAAUUAUUCAUAA